UUGGUUUACCAAAGAGGACCCCUCUAAAGCUGUCUCAGUAGAUGGAGUAGCGAUAUAAGAAUGAUUGUUCCUGAUUAAAGUUAAUUCAAUGAGACGCUUUGGUACUGCACUUGGCUUUUUGUCCAGUGUAGGUGGUGCUACUAUGGCGACAUCUUUUUUAAAUUGCAAAGUGAAGUAUGUUGCAGUGUUACUGCUUGUAGUCCUUACUUUUGUGAUUUUCAAAGAUACUUUUCAAAGCCCUGAGUAUAACCUAUACUCCAGUGUGUUCGAGUUUAAAGAUAUCACAGAUAUUCACGAACAGACCCAGGACCUAGCUAAAUACAAAGGUAACGUUACCCUGGUGGUAAACGUGGCGUCUUACUGAGGACUAACCCCACUCAACUACGAACAACUACAACAACUACACGAGAAGUACCAUGAUAAAGGAUUAAGUAUUCUAGCUUUCCCUAGCAAUCAAUUCGGCAACCAGGAGCCGGGAACUGAUGAAGAGAUAAUAGAGUUUGUGAAGAAGUACGGUGUUACUUUCGACAUGUUUCACAAGAUUAAUGUCAAUGGAGCUAACGCUAUUCCGCUUUACAAGUGGCUAAAGGAGAAGCUUCCAGGCACCCUCACCAACGCCAUCAAAUGGAACUUCACCAAAUUCUUAAGCGACCGGAACGGUGUCCCUAUCAAGAGAUACGCUCCUAACUUUGCUCCAAACGACAUCAUCCCGGAUAUUGAAAAGCUCCUGGCACAGGAGCCCGCCAAGGAAGUGAACGAAGAAUCUUAAGAUAAUUUCACCUGACGUCUAAUAUCAAAACUAUUCUUUGUUUACGCCGAUCAUUUUGGUUGUAAUUUUUGGGGAAAUCCUUAAUAAUCCUUUUAUAUGUUUUUUAUAACUUCUCGUAUUACCAUGUUCUGUUAAAGAACGCAAGACAAUUAACUCGUAGUUGAGUUACCCGGUGUAAGUGGGUUAGAUCGGGUAUGUUGUAGUUCCCUUUCUUUCUCUGCAAGCACCAGUCAAAAUAAGUUGCUUUUUAAUAUGAUCGAACUUUCUUAAACCCUAUGGGUGGAUUGUAUAGUGAUGUAAAAGUUUUCCUUAUUUUGUGAA